UCCAGCCGGCGCAACGAGGAGAAGGUGCGGUGCACUGUCUACAUCUCCGACAUCUCAGACACCGUCACCGAGGCACAGCUGGCCGCCUUCUUCCAGGACUGCGGCCAGCUGGUGGACUGCCGCGUGUGCGGCGACCCAAACUCCUCCAUGCGAUUCGCCUUCAUCGAGUUCAUGCAGGAGGAUUCUGCGCAGCAGGCGCUGGGCAAGAGCGGCGCGAUGCUGGGCGACUUCCCCAUCCGUGUCAGCCCUUCCAAGACUGCCAUCGUGCCCGUCAACAACACCUACCUGCCCCGCAGCACCGAGGAGCGCGAGCUGGUGGCGCGCACCGUGUUUGUGGGCAACAUCGACCGCGUGGUGGAGCGCGAGCAGCUCAGCGAGUUCUUCCAGAAUCUGUGCGGCCCUGUGUCCAAGAUCCGCCUGCUGGGCGACUCGCAGCACAGCGCCAAGAUCGCUUUCAUCGAGUUUGUCACGGCGGAGAGCGCCAGGGCCGCGCUCAAGCUGAGCGGUGCUCUGCUAGGUACACUCCCGCUGCGUGUCUCCCCCUCCAAGACGCCCGUGCGU